GAAACAAUGAAUGAGAGGAUUAGCGAAACGCAGCGUGAGAGGAACGACAUCCCCAAUCCAAUUCAAUUACUAGCUGCCUUUUUCUUUUCCUAAAAUCUCGCCUUUUUCGCUUCCGUGUCCCUGCUCAGCGGCAAGGCAACUUCACUUUGGACCAAAUUACCCUCCAUCUCCCUUCAAAUCACACCGAACCCUUCCCUUCCCUUUUUCCACUCAGAUUCUCUCCCCCCACUCCACAGUCAACUCCAUGUGCGCUUGAAUGGAUUUGGUGGAAGGCGUCGGAGAGAGUUCCUCGCCGCCGCGCGCCUUCAGCGGCUACAGCAACUACGACGUCCGCAACGAUGUCUACAACCGCCUUCUUCAAACCGGCCACGACCAAGCCGUUUCCAACCCCGACUUCCGCGAACACUUGGAGGCUCACUUCAAUCGCUUGCCACCGAGUUAUGGACUCGAUGUGAAUAUCGAUAGAGCUGAAGAUGUUCUGUUGCAUCAAUCCCUUCUUGCUUUGGCAAAGGACCCUCACAAGCGCCCUGUAUACCAUAUACGCUUCCUUGAGAAUAUUUCAACUAGAACAGAUAGUGAAGAUCAACAAAUUUUAAGUACUCAUUAUAGCCCAGGAUCAUCUUCCCAUGCAACAAAUGGGGGAGCUGUAUCACCUGGUAAAAGUAAGAUGAGGGAUAUUGCAAAUGAGUUUGAGCCUUGCUCGAAGCUUGAGGACCUAAAUUUGGAUGUUAGAAAGAACUCAAAGGAGACAGAGGAAAAAUUUCUCUCUGACAAUUUUUUCCAGAGGCUUGAACAUUCAAGUGUCCCCGUUCAUGAAAUAAUAUUUUCCACUGUUGACAAGCCAAAGCUGUUAAGCCAGCUGUCCGCUUUGCUGUCUGAUAUUGGACUUAACAUCCGUGAAGCUCAUGUUUUCUCCACAACUGAUGGCUAUUCCCUUGACGUGUUUGUGGUGGAUGGAUGGCCAGUAGAGGAAACAGAUGAUUUGUAUGAUGCUAUGGAAAAAGCUGUAUCAAGAAGCGAGGGAUCAUGGUCUCGUUCUUUAAAAUCUCAUUCAGCUGUGGAGAAAGCCUUAGCAACAGAAGGAAAAUCAGGAGAUUGGGAAAUAGAUAGGAAGUUGCUAAAGUUAGGAGAAAAAAUAGCAUCUGGAUCCUCUGGAGAUUUGUAUCGUGGAGUUUAUCUCGGUGAAGAUGUUGCUGUUAAGGUUCUGAGAUCGGAGCAAUUGAAUGAUGCCUUAGAGGAUGAGUUUGCUCAAGAAGUGGCAAUUCUGAGGCAGGUGCAUCAUAAAAAUGUUGUUCGUUUCAUUGGUGCAUGUACAAAGUGUCCACAUUUGUGCAUAAUAACAGAGUAUAUGCCCGGAGGAAGUCUGUACGAUUACGUGCACAAAAAUCAUAAUGUCUUGGAGCUGUCUCAAUUACUAAAAUUUGCAAUUGAUGUCUGCAAGGGUAUGGAGUAUUUGCAUCAAAGCAAUAUAAUUCACAGAGAUCUGAAGACGGCUAAUUUGCUGAUGGAUACACACAAUGUUGUUAAAGUCGCAGAUUUUGGAGUUGCUCGGUUCCUAAAUCAAGGGGGAGUGAUGACAGCAGAAACUGGGACAUAUAGAUGGAUGGCACCAGAGGUUAUAAAUCAUCAGCCCUAUGAUCAGAAAGCAGACGUAUUCAGUUUUUCCAUCGUACUGUGGGAAUUAGUGACGGCAAAGGUACCAUAUGACACCAUGACUCCACUACAAGCUGCCUUGGGUGUGAGACAGGGUCUGCGGCCAGAACUUCCGAAGAAUGGGCACCCUAAAUUAUUAGAGUUGAUGCAAAGAUGUUGGGAAGCAAUUCCAAGCCACCGUCCAUCCUUUAAUGAGAUAACUGCUGAACUUGAAAAUCUUUUGCAAGAAAUGGAGAAAGAUUCAGAAGCGAAUGCUGUAGAGUUUUUUUCACGUUCCCUUGUGGCACCGAGGGAGAAAGGAGUUCACAGAAAUCGUGACCAAUACAAAGUGAGAAAAUGUAAAGAGGCAUACUAAUGUUAUAGCUGACUAUACUUAAAAUAUAUAUCCCAGGAUCACGUCAAACUUCUCCGAAAUUAUUUUGAUUCGAGGAAUGCGUUCCACGUGGCUAUUGAUGUGUUCUGGUAGCCAAAAAGAAACAUAGUUGACGUAAAAUCAAUGAAGUGUAUAGUGAGGGUAAUGCUGUUGAGCUUUAAUGUUUCAUUUUUUUUCUUGGGGUCAAGUAUUGAGAAUUUUAUGUUUUGCACUGUAAAUUAAUGACAGGCAUGGACCGAUGAGACCAGGUAUCUAAACUAUUUUAAUGCAAAGUGUUACCUUUGCCUUAUUAUUCA